CUAAGAUAAGGGAAUGCAGUCUUGUGAACACUUUCACCUUGUCCAAGCUGCUGUGUAGAAGCAGUAAGGAAGAGUUGUUUGACCCGGCCUUAAUCACUAUUUGGUGAAAAAUUUAUACACAAGACCCGUGGUUGCUAUACACCAUCAUCUAACAAAGGAAAAGAAGAAGCCAGGGAGCGUGCAAUUGCUCACAGCCAGCAAUGGAAGCACAGUCAACUACUGGACUCUUCGGAAUCAGUCCGUCAAAAAUAACUUUUCCAAAAGUAUUCCAAACCCCGUCAAAUACGGGUUUUGCAGCAGAGUCCCCAUCACAGCUACAAGCAGCUCCCACACUUCCACUCUCAAGAUCUCCCAUACCAGUAGUCUCACCUCUCUCAACAACUACACCACCUCCAGAGAGAAAUAAGAGUAUUCAGCAAGGGCUGGCUACAGAGCACCAUAUCGAAUCUGAGAAAAACAGACAUCAGAGAGAGAAAACUCAGCAGGGGGAAAUCUACGCUUCUGAAGAAAAGAAUAAGAAAGAAGAGAACACCUUGUAUAACCAGUAUGAGAUGAGGAUCCGCCCCUGUAUUGAUCUCGUUGACUCUUUGAGAGCCCUUGGAAUAGAAAAGGACCUCGCUUUGCCAGCCAUUGCUGUGAUUGGAGACCAAAGCUCUGGAAAAAGCUCAGUCCUAGAAGCACUGUCUGGUGUCGCUCUUCCUAGAGGCAGUGGUAUUGUUACCAGGUGUCCUUUAGAACUUAAACUUAGAAAAACACCUGAACAGGUGUGGAAAGGGAAAAUUAGUUACCAGGGUAUGGAGGAGAAACUCGAGAAUCCUAUGCAGGUGGAGAAAGCAAUAAGAAAAGCCCAGAAUAUAAUAGCUGGUGAAGGAGUCGGUAUUAGCCAAGAAUUAAUUUCCCUAGAGAUCAGUUCCCCAGAUGUUCCAGAUCUGACCCUUAUUGACUUGCCAGGGAUUGUUAGAGUGGCUGUGGGGAAUCAGCCUACUGACAUUGGAGAACAGAUCAAAAACCUAAUUAAAAAAUUCAUUGUUAAACGAGAAACCAUCAAUCUGGUGGUGAUAUCCAGUAAUGUGGAUCUUGCAACAACAGAGGCACUGAAAAUGGCUCAAGAGGUAGAUCCUGAGGGGGAAAGAACUCUAGGGAUCCUGACAAAACCUGAUUUGUUGGACAAAGGAACAGAGCACACUGUGGUUGAUAUAGUACAAAACCGUGUCAUCCUGCUGAGAAAGGGUUACAUGAUGGUUAAAUGUCGUGCGCAGCAAGACAUACAGAACAACAUAACCCUGGCUUCUGCAAUUCAGGAAGAGAGAAAGUUCUUCGAGAAUCACAAAUAUUUUGGAGAUCUUCUGAAGGAAAAAAAGGCUACUAUCCCCCUUUUGGCUGAGAAACUUACAAAUGAACUGGUGAUUCACAUCAGUAAAUCUUUGCCUGCAUUAGAAGAGCGAGUAAGUGAAGAACUUCGAAAAGCAAUUGAAAAGUUACAGAAAAAUUGUGGGAGCGUACCUGAGGAAGAAAGUGAAAAGAUGAUGUUACUCUUAAAAAAAAUAAAAAGUUUUAAUACAGACAUCACAAAUCUGAUUCGUGGAGAAGAAGACUUAUAUGAAACUGAAAUCAGAAUGUUUUCAAAAAUCCGCAAAGAGUUUCAAGAAUGGGGGAGAAUACUGGAUGUCAGGUCAGACAAGGUAAAAAGAUCUAUACAAGAGGAUGUGUGGAGAUUUGACAAUCAGUAUCGUGGAAGAGAACUCCCAGGUUUUAUCAAUUACAAGUCAUUUGAGGACAUUGUAAAGAAGUAUAUCAGGGAACUAGAGGGACCUGCCCUUGAGGUCUUAAGUAAAGUGAUUGAUAUUGUCGGACAGUCUUUUACAGAAGUUGCCACAGCUAAUUUUCCAGAAUUUUUCAAUCUUACCAGAGCUGCUAAGGGCAGAAUUGAAGACAUUAAAAUGCAGCAAAGAGCAGAAGCUGAAAAAAUGAUCCAAAACCAAUUUAAAAUUGAGCAGAUUGUAUACUGCCAGGAUAAUUUUUACAGAAAAGCUUUAAGAGAUACCAAUGUUAACAAUGUUGAGGAAGCACUUAAAACUCUGAAAUUCCAGGAUGUUAAUGGAAUUGUUCCAGAUAAGAGCCCAUCCACUGUUGAACUGGCUUGUCACCUGGAGGCAUACUUCAAUGGAGCAGGUCAUCGCCUGUCCAGUCUAAUCCCUCUCAUCAUUCAGUCCUUCACCAUUCGGGACUAUGGAGAUAAACUCCAGAAUGCAAUGCUGCAACUUCUGCAAGAAAAACAGCUAUUAGACUGCCUGCUCAUGGAGCACAAAGACGUGGCUGCCGAGAGGAAUUUUCUCAUGCAACAAAUUAAUCGCCUCAGAAAAGCCCAGCUUUACCUACUAAAAGUCUCUGUCUGAUAGCAUCUGUGACUUCUUCAAAUAGCACUCCUUUUACCAACAAUAUGUGUAACAGAGUGUUGUAAAACCUUUUAGUCACUUUUCUGAACUCCUUAGCUUUUAAAAGACCUAGCGCUAAAAUCACAAAUUGCUUAGUUUUGACUUAGUUUACAUAACUGAGAGUGGGCUCAUCUGUUAACUAUUCAACUAGUCUUGAAUCCUUAAUAAAAUGUUAUUAUUAUUAUUACCUUAAUAAAAUUUUAAUACCUAUAA